AUGAGCGAACUUGACCAACUUCGACAGGAGGCUGAGCAGCUAAAGUCCCAGAUUCGGGUGAGUUCAGUUGUCGUUCAGUUCUUCUAGUUCGAAACAAAUUGAGUGAACGGAAACAUCCUAUGCCAGUUCUUGAGGUGUGAUUCGGAACCCGUUGAAAAAUGAUACACAUACAUCUUUAUAUUUAUACAUAUACGCAUACAUCUACAAAUUGUUGGUAAUAAGUAAAGAAGCGGAGCGGUCGCCGCCGUUGCCGUCGAUGUGCGCCGUUGUUGUUACCCCGUACUUGGUGGACGAGAGAUGAGGGGGACACGGACGACGUGCUCCUGCACUGGAUGUAUAAAACACGGUCGUCUCUUCUGCUUCUUCCCGCGCGACGUCGUCCCAACACAGUCGCUUUCUUCCCCUGCUGCAAAAUAUCGAUUCGCAGGAGACUGGUGAUGGCCUAGCACAAGUUGUUGCUCCACGCAGUCAGCGGCAGCGAGCCAUUGGCCGAUGGGGUCGCCCCGGUUGGUGGGGACACUACCGAGGGAAGUGGAGACGGACGAGAAGCUGGGCAGAAGCGGGCGAGGAGAAUAGAUUGGCUGCCUAAUGUGAGAUUGUCGGCGUCUCGGGCAGACGGAUGCUAUCUGGUCGCUUCGCUUCACGGGCCCGCCGAAUGCUCUCAAUUUCUGGCGAGCUGCCGACUGGCCGGGCGAGAGAAAGAGGGGCUACUGCUCUUCUCCGUGCAAGCCUAGUAGUCGGAGAGGCGCAGACAACAAGGCCUAGUGCGCCAUUUUCCCUUGAGGGCUCUGUGCGCCGUCGUUGUCAACGCGCUCACUAGAAUUGGUGGUGGCUCUUCGAUCGAGCUGGGCAGAGCACGAGAGAGCAAUAGAAGAAGCCACUCUUAUCCGAGAGACGCAGGCACUCACUACACGCACAUGGGUGUGCGCACGAAAUGUUGCGCGAGGCGCAGGCCGAAGCCUCCAAAAGUGUGAGUUUGAGCGAAUUGGGUGGAGCUUUCUCUGUCACUCGCUUCUCUGGAGCUCUUGCUCUGGAAGGGUUGAGCCGGACGAAUAGGCCAAGAAAGGAAGAGAGAGAGAGAGAGGGAGCAACAGAGCGAGCUGCUGCUGGUUUGAAUGGAUUGAAUAAAAUAGUGAGGCUAGUGUUUGUUGAGCACAGUAGGGAUGCUUUGGAUAUUGGGAAUGAGCAAGGUGAUAAUGAGAAAGAAAAUGAAAGGGAACAGGAAUGUCAGACCUGGAAUAAAUUAACUACAUGCCUACAUGGGAAGCUGACAGUGAUACAAAAAGUACAUAGAAAACCUCAGAAACUGGUACGGUUCAACCAGUAUAAUUUUUCGUCGUCUCAUUUUUGUGAGAGUUCGGGAAGUGAGUGUUUUGCUGUGAUCUUCUUUCCAAUUCAGAAGUUAUUUGGAAGGUUUUCUUCCUUCACCCACUUCACCCAGAAUCAGUUUAAUCAGAUGACGUUUCUUAGAAAACGCAUAAAAUGAAUAUUAAAAAUCCAACUGUUAUAAAAAAUUAAAUUCUCAUCCAAUAUAAUUACAGGAAGCCCGGAAAACAGCAAACGACACCACACUGGCCACAGUGGCUUCGAAUUUGGAGCCGAUCGGUCGUAUCCAGAUGAGGACGAGACGCACGCUUAGGGGACAUUUAGCCAAGGUUCACUCGAUUUUCAUCAUCCAAUUAACUUCUGGUUCGUUUCAGAUUUAUGCAAUGCACUGGGCAUCUGACAGUCGCAAUUUGGUAUCAGCUUCACAGGACGGUAAACUGAUCGUAUGGGAUUCAUACACCACAAACAAGGUACUCAAAUCCGUUUUUGUCGUUUCUUUUCACAACAACUCUGUUCCAGGUGCAUGCCAUUCCGUUGAGAUCGUCGUGGGUGAUGACUUGUGCCUACGCACCAUCGGGAUCGUUUGUCGCUUGUGGAGGUGAGUGUCUUCUGAUUCUGACUUGCGUCGUUAUGGCGACGUGCGGCUCGUGUUGAUUUCUCGUGCUCCACGGGAGAAGAGGGGAUUACUCAUUGUAUUCUUCGCGAAGUCAGAACUAUAGAGGCGGGAUUAAAAGAGAGAAAGCUCAAUACGUCACAGCUCAGACUUUGGACAAAUGCGCAAUAAACCAGGUUUAAAAACUGAACCUUCCGAAUUUCAGGUCUCGACAAUAUUUGCUCAAUCUACUCGCUGAAAACGCGUGAAGGCAACGUGCGGGUGUCUCGCGAACUUCCAGGACACACUGGAUACUUGUCCUGCUGUCGGUUCCUCGACGAUAACCAGAUUGUCACCUCUUCCGGAGAUAUGACUUGGUAGGUGUUACUUUUCGACCAAAAAGUGUCCCUGAAAUCGGAGUCUCCCUCGAGAACCUAGUAAAUAAAAAAGAGUGCAUUGAGGAUAAUUAGCUGUUUUGAUAUCAGGUUACUGUGGGUCGGCAUUUGUUUCCGAUACGUUUUCUGUUUACAUUCCCGAAAAGGUAUAAUUAAACAUUGUUCGCUGAUGUCCUUCCACGUGUAUCCGAGGUUUCUCUCUGCGAAAAGGUGGCUCCUCAAAUUCAUUGUCCUUGUCCAUCUUGCAUUCGACGACAGCCAUAUUGCGUAAUUUGAGCAUCAGAGUAGAGAAGCGGUGGCGCCCAGCUAACCAGCCGGCUGAAGAAGAAGAAGAAGAAGAAGCAGUUGUAGAAGGAGAAAACGAAAAGGUUUUGAUGCGGAAGCGCGCGGAGACGCAGAAACUGCUUGCUUCUCGCUGCUUCUUCCCUUCUUGCCUUCGUCCGAUGCGGGCAGGGGCGAUCGGAGCGGAGUAUUCGGAUGUCGAAUGUUGAUGAGUUUGUUUUCAAACUGGUCUACUUCUAUGGCACUCGUCUUCUCUUUUCUCUCUCACUCCAACCCGACUUACAAUUUGAGAAAGAAUGAAAAGUUGAGGUGGAUUAGAGCAACAAAGAAUGCGCGAAGCAAAGAACAAAAAUCCGAAAAAUGCAAAAAAAUGCAAAGAAAAACAUACAAUUUGCCGCCUUCUCUAAACGAAUACAUUUUAGUGCUCUGUGGGAUAUUGAAACCGGACAGCAGUGCACCGCUUUCACUGGACACACUGGAGAUGUCAUGUCCCUUUCCCUCUCGCCAGACUUCCGCACAUUCAUCUCGGGAGCUUGCGACGCUUCAGCCAAGGUUCGUUUCGAAUUUCGUUCUACCACGCCAAUUGAUCAUUUUUGCAGCUGUGGGAUAUCAGAGACGGCAUGUGCAAGCAGACAUUCCCCGGACACGAAUCCGACAUCAACGCAGUCGCCGUAAGUUUUUCCUCGCCGCCUUCGCUUCGAAUCUAGCAUCCAUAACGAAAUCCUUCUUUUUCAGUUCUUCCCAUCUGGAAACGCGUUUGCCACUGGAUCCGACGACGCCACGUGCCGAUUGUUCGACAUCCGUGCCGAUCAGGAACUUGCCAUGUACUCGCACGAUAAUAUUAUUUGCGGUAUGUUCGUGUGCCUCACGAAAGUGUUAAUCGGCGUCGUUCAGGAAUCACUAGUGUCGCAUUCUCAAAAUCGGGUCGCCUGUUGUUCGCCGGUUACGAUGACUUCAAUUGCAAUGUUUGGGAUUCUAUGCGACAAGAACGAGCUGGUGAGCUUUUGAAACAUUCAAAUAGGAGCUCCGAUCUGUUAACUGAAAAAUAACAGAACGGGGGGAAAAGGAGCAUUCGAGGAAUGAAUUUACUUGGUUGCAGGAGUGUUGGCUGGACACGACAACCGUGUCUCGUGUCUUGGAGUCACCGAGGACGGAAUGGCCGUGUGCACGGGAUCGUGGGAUUCGUUCCUCAAGAUAUGGAACUAG